CCACAGCGCAAUCCAUGAGCUCAUACAUCGACAUUAAUUCUCUGGGCCGUUAACAUCGUUCGACAUCUGACACAACCAUGGCUGCGCCUCCCCGGCACUCCACGAUGCUGUCUAUCAGCAAUGGCGGGACGCCGCAAUCAGGGCCAAACGACAAACAGACACAACAACAAGCCCAGACAUUACCACAAUCCCCCGGCCUUCGAGUACCAUCCAAUCGCAAAACAAUCUACGACCGACACCUGAACCGCAGCCGCAAUGCAGAACUCAGCCGGGCAAGCUUCGCCUACCUAUUCGGAGAGAUGGUCACGUACGCCCAGCGGAGGGUAACAGGUAUCCAAGACCUCGAGAAACGCCUAAACGAACAAGGCUACCCCCUCGGCCUCCGCCUCCUAGACCUCCUCUUCUACCGCUCAACAUCAACCUCCUCCUCAGCCCUCUCAAGCUCCUCAACCUCCUCUUCACCACCCAACCGCCCCCUCCGCAUCAUAACUCUCCUGCACCUAAUCCACGGCCCCCUCUGGCGCCUGCUCUUCGGUCGUUCCGCAGACGCACUCGAGCAUUCCGUGUCUCCAGACACGCCUAAUGAGUACAUGAUCACUGACAACGACCCGCUGGUAAACACGUACAUCAGCGUGCCUCGCGAGAUGAGUAUGCUCAACUGUGCUGCCUUCGUGGCUGGUAUUAUUGAGGGUGUCUGUGAUGGGUGUGGCUUUGAGACGAAGGUCUCGGCGCAUAAUCAGCCUACUGAGAUGUGGCCUAGUCGGACUGUGUUUCUAGUUAGGUUUGGGGAUAGCGUUAUGGAGAGGGAGAAGGUUUUGGAGCGGGCUGGUGUUAAAUAAAUUAUGACCGUGGAGCCGUGUUAAGGCUAUACGUCCAUGAUGACAUGGGAUAUGCCUGACUUUGAGACAUGCAUUGUGCUUGAGCAGAUGCCCGGUCGUCGUGCUCUUGCUAGCUUGCUAGAUCAAUGGCGUUUGGGGGCUAUUUCGUGGCAUCUUGUUGGGUGGUCAGGCGCUGAUUGUUUGACAUUCAAAGUCCAUGAUUCUGGCGCCGGCGUUUCCU